AUGAAGCUGGGGCAGUGGGUGCCUGUAUGGGUGUGGAUGUGGAUGGCUGGGUUGGGGACCAUAGAAACAGCACCCAGAAGAGACGGCAUCCAGGCCUCGAAACCAGGAGCCAACUCCCGGCUCUUCGUAGACAGGCCUGACUUCUUUGAUUACCCAGACUCAGACCAAGCUAGCCUUUCUGCUGUGGCCCAGUUUAUUGGAGAGAAACCUGUGACCUUUGUUAAGACAGGCUCUGGCCCUGGGCUCUUCCAGCACAUCCUGGUGGGCGCAUUGGUGGUGGCUUUCUUCCUCUUCCUUUUCCAGUUCUGCAUGCACGUGAGCUUCCAGAAAGGAGCCUAA